AUGAUCAGAAUGCUAGCAAUCGAUCCUCAGAGGACCAGUAACACCGUUUUUACAGCGUGGACGUCGGAAGUGGAAGAUGGCCAAAGGGCAUCACCCGGGAAGUCCAGUUGGAAAGUAAGAUGCUUCAUCUUCGCGACGACAUUGGUCACUGCGUUCGCCACGUUCGGUCACGAACAUGUACACAUAAGAAUCCAUGUGCCAGAGAUAGUUCAGCACGAUGAGAAGAAAAUCAUAAAGUACGAAGAACACGAUGACCACGGAGGCGGUGGAGGUGGUGGUGGACAUCACGUUAUAGUCAGUGGCCCUGGAGGAGGAGGAGGUGGAGGUCACGGCGGUGGAUUUGGAGGAGGUUUCGGUGGUGGUCAUGGUGGAGGAUUUGGAGGUGGCCAUGGCGGAGGUUUUGGAGGAAGUGGUUUUGGUGGAGGACACGACAUCGGUUUUGGCGGCGGUGGUCAUGGUGGAGGAGGUGGCCACGGAGGUGGAGGUUUCGGAGGAGGUGGUGGUUAUGGAGGUGGUGGCGGUGGAUUUGAUGAUCAUCACGGUGGCGGAGGUUUCGGAGGAGGUGGUGGAGGAGGACAUGGGGGUGGAGGUGGAGGACAUGGAGGUGGAUUCGGAGGAGGUCACGGCGGUGGAUUCGGAGGAGGUGGAGGCCUCGACGAUCAUCACGGUGGUGGAGGCUUCGGAGGAGGAGGUGGUUACGGCGGUGGUGGCGGCGGAGGUUUCGAUGAACACCACGGUGGAGGAGGUUUCGGAGGAGGAGGUGGUGGAUACGGAGGUGGCGGUGGCCUCGAUGAUCAUCACGGUGGCGGAGGUUUCGGAGGAGGAGGUGGAUACGGAGGUGGCGGCGGCGGAGGCUUCGAUGAACACCACGGCGGCGGAGGUUUCGGAGGAGGUGGAGGAGGUGGAUACGGAGGCGGUGGUGGUUUAGACGACCAUCACGGUGGCGGAGGUUUCGGAGGAGGUGGUGGUGGAUUUGUCGUUAGCCACGGUAGUGGAUUUGGAGGCGGAGGUGGCCACGGAGGAGGAUUCGGAGGUGGAGGUGGCCACGGAGGAGGAUACGGAGGUGGAAGUGGUCAUGGAGGAGGUUUUGGCGGCGGUGGUGAUCAUCAUUCGUUGGGAUCCAGUGGCUAUGGUGGUAACAGCAUAUCGUCAGGAUUCGGUAGCAGCGGCCAUGGUGGCGGCGGCGGAGGAGGCUACGAUUCGUAUUCGAGCGGUCAUGGAGGUGGUGGCGGCGGUGGCGGCGGCUUCUCAGGCUACCACAAGAAGAAAUAA